CCCCUCACGACCGUUAACCUCCGCCCUCCCGGCUGGCCCCGCGCCUUCCCGCCGCGGGCAGCCCCGUACGAAGCAGUUUCCCGCUACCGAUGGGGAUCUCCUGAGGCUCCGCGUCCCGGUAACCGACCCCUUUCGUGUCCCGCCUCCCGGGGCCGGCGGCGCGGGGCCCGGCCCCUCCUGGAGCGGCUCUCGGCAUGACGGAGCUGCAGCAGGAGAGGGCAGAGUGGGAAAAGCUAAACAAGCUGUUAAUGCGCCACGGGUUGAAACCCGUGAGUCUUGCUGCCCCCACAAGCUGCAGAAAUAUAUCAGACAUGUUUGUGUUAGACUGUCAGUCUUCUCUAGGAAUAAGACUUGCAUUAAAAACGUUGCUGGAAGACACUGACCGACACCAGAGAAUGAUGCAGGGGCUUAUGGAGACUAAUCACUCUCUUAGAGAUGAGAUACGACAGGAACGAGGUCGUGCAUCUCGGCAAGAACAACGGGCUAACGAUUUGGAAAAUGUGGUGAAAAACAUUAAGUCCAAAAUUUGUCAGCUGGAAGAUGAGGCAAUAGCUAAAGUUUGCCAGCAACAGAAUCAAGUCAGAGAACUUCAGAAAGAUCAACAGGUUUCCCAGGCAAAAUAUCAACAGCAGCAGGAAAAGCUGCAAGAACAGGAACAGAUUAUUGCCCGUUUGCAGAAGGAGCUCUGCAAAGUGGGGAUGGAGGAGCAACAGCGUGUGGCGACUCAAAACAAAAUGCUUUGUCGGUUUUGCAAAAGAGCUCCGAAGUUUCUCCUGGAUCAGCAGUUCCUUUGUCUAAUUGAUUAUUAUGAAUCUCAAAUUAGUCAGAUGAAAAAGGAGCUAAGGCAAUACAAAAAAGAUGAAGACCAGGUACAGAGAGAAGCAAAAAGCAAGGAAGAAUUCUUAAAUCUAGAUGCUACUCCUAAUUAUAGAGCACUGCUCACGUCUUUCCAGAAACAACUUACUGAAACAAAAGCCAGGAACGAACAGCUUUUGCUUGAAAAUAUAAAUCUCAAGAAAGACUUGGAAAUAAGGCCAACUGUACAGGAAUUAAAGCUUUACAAGCACCAGGUGAAAAAACUAGAGAAAACUUUAAAGAAAACUAUCCAAUCUUCGGGGAGCAGUUCCAGAGAAAGAGCAGAAGAGAAGAAAGAAUCUGAGAGUAUUGCAGGAGGAGACCAGCUGCAGGCAGUUUGCCAGCAAUACUUACAGGUUUUGUCCCAUAUUGAUUCUGUUUUGCGAAGUCCAAGAGCUCCUCCAUUGAUAUACAGGCGCAGUAAAGGGCUGGUGCAAAGUUCUGUUAAAGAAAAUGGACAAGAAUGUGGAUUUGAGCACCUUCCGCUUACAAUAGAAAUGUGGGCAGAUCAGCUAACGGCCCUAAAGGAUUUGCAUAAGUCCCUGAGAAAAGUGUCUCUGGAAUUGGUGCCCUGGCACACUGCAGAUCCACAGGAUAACAGAGAAUCCGUACGAGUUGAAGACCUCCAGUUCAUGGUAGAUGCAAUUUUGGAAGAAAUAGAAAAUAAAGAAAAGAGCAGCCAGACACCGUCCUUGCCAACCCUGUUUGCAAUAGUCUCUCACUUCCAGAAGCUGUUUGAUGUGAAUUCUCUGAAUGGUGUUUAUCCACGAAUGAAUGAGGUUUACACAAAGCUUGGGGAAAUGACCAACGUGAUGAGAAAUCUCCACGAGCUCCUGGGACUAGACAGUUCGGCUCCACCCACUGUGGUAGUGGAUACUGUUGGGAAACUGUGUGACAUAAUUAAUGAGAAGGUGACUGAGCAGGUACAGCAGCUUCUGGGGACCCAAGACAUCCACAGACUAGCAGCAGACAAAGAGCCUGCAUUCAGCACGUGCUCUGCAAACACACUAAAGAUGAACUGCAGCAGGCAGCAAGUCUGACACAUGUCGAAUGAACCACGCGAACUCCCUCAACCUUUCUGCGCUCCUCACGGUUUUAACUAGAGAACAGCUGCUUAUAAAACAUUCCUUGCUCCACCUCUGAGGCAGCUCUGUCAGCCACCCUUAAGCAGUAUAUUUAGCAUACACAGACUAAUGUUCCAGUCCAGAAAUUACCUAGUGCCAUGUAAGGAGGACAGAAAGGAUGUAUAUAGGGCAGAAACAGUGACAAUAGAGAUCCUCUUUUCACAGCUAAUGCUUUUUGGGUGGAGGUUUCAUUUUUGGCGUAGAUGGUUUUAUGUACUACUAAGUAGCAGUGUUUGCAGAAAGUCAUGACAUAGUAUGGCAAAACAGCCGAGGAGAUGGACUUAAAAUACCCUUGCACCUCUUAUCUGACAGUCUCACUUGCACAUUUCAGUAUAAUCAAUAAGCUAGAAGAGCAUGAGUGCUUCUUUCCACCAUUUCAAGCUCUCAUUCAAGAUUUGCUCUGUCUUCUAGGUGAGUAAUACUUGCAACAGCUGUAAUUAACUUCAUGCCAAUGCUUCCUCCUAAAACUUCAAGUAGCUAACACGUGUUUUGUUUACUCGUGAUGUUCUAAAACACAAGGAGCAUGUGAGGGAAGGUGCCAACUUCUGCCUUGCUCUCCUUUCCCUCCUUCCUCAGGAAGUGACCAAAAUACUUUAUGUUGCAUGUAUUCAAUCAUAUAACUCCUAAGAUAAGAAAAAUUGAGUUUCUUCCAAAAGCAUUAAAUGCGUGAGGAGUUUAUAUCAUUUCCUAGCUGUAUUUCUAACAUUUAAGUUACAAAUUUGGCUGAAUGUGAAGAUUUUCUGAGUACGUACACCUUACCUUUUAUGCUUUUCAUUCUGUUUCAGAGAUCAGUAACCUGGAUGAUAUUUUACCUACUGUACAAAAUUUGAAAUUAGUAGCUAGUUAAGAGUUACAUCUUGCUAGAAAAGACCACAUUGUCUUACCUGUGAAUGUACCUGUUGAUGCAAAUGACAUUACACCUACCUCUCUUUUCCUAAUGAACAAUUUCAGAUUUUUUUACAUAAAUAAAAGCUACUGCAUUUUAAA